UACUGGGAAUGAAACACCGAUAGACUCAAAAAAGAGUGGCUGAAAAAUUUGUGACAGCAAAAACAGAAGAAAAAGCAAAAGAAUUGGAACUGAAAACCAAGGAGGAGCUGAAGCCCUGGGAGCAGCACUCUAUUGUGAUCACCAUUCCUCGUUUUGACUACAACGCCUCUUCUUCUCUCCUCAGUCAUUCCCACUCCGGAUUCCUCAUCACCUGCCCCAUCAAGAGGGAGAUGAGUGCAACAAAAGAAGCCAUGUCAAUUUUUGAAAAGUAUGUCAGAUCUUUGAGUAUUCUAAAUGCUGAAGGUUCUGAAAGUUUGGAUGAGAAUAUGUUAGCUAAGAAGAGGAGAAUAUCUGUAAGUACAGAGGAGGAACUUGGCAACAGUUUGGAGAGGAAAGAUGCGGCCGAUGACUUUGGAGAACCUGGGCAUGUCCUGCUUGGCAUGGUUAUAUUUUUUAUGGCAAGAUUGAGUGCUGUGACCGGCUUGAUUGAGAAAUUCAUCUUCACGGGCUUAAGAAGAGGGCAACAAGCAUUGAUGGUCAACUUCACUGGCCUGCUCAUCCUCCUCUUUGGAGUAUCUGUUGGCUUCACUGUUCUUCUUCCAAGAAGUUAUUAAAGAAGUAGUCAUUGGAAAAUCUUGUAAUGUUAGGUUAUAUUUAUAUAUAGUUUGGCCCAAUAUUGCAGCUAGACUAAACAUUUUGUUAGAGUAAUGAUUCCCAUGUUUGUUACAAGUGUUCUGAGUAUUUGAAUAGUUUAUUUGGUCAAAUAGUUCUUUUAAAACCUGCAUUUUAUGCAUGAGAUUUGUGACAUUGGCAUAUGAACUUUUUUGGGACUAUUGGAGCAGGAAAAUGGCCAU